AUGGUCCAGGGUAAAAGAGUAGAUGCUGGCAAGCUUGGUCUCUCUUCUCUUCUGGGUAGGAAGAGAUGUGGCUCUCACGGAGUCGACAUCAAUGGAGCGGUGGCCCCUCCCUUGAUAUACUACUAUGUUAUCGCCAUGAGACGAUGGGGGUAUGAAUCAGAGCGUCUAAAAUGCAUCAAUGGCAACGCCAGACUACGACAUUCAAUGCUGCCAGUUAUGAUUUUUGCUUCUGUGACUGGUCACAAACCUAUACCCCCACCCCCGAGCAUGAAAGAUUAUUGGGGCCAGGAUGUUUUCUGCUGGGAUAUUCUACCAAGAGAUUUCCUUGCGAGGCAGCAUGGAAGCCACAGCCUGAGAGGGGAGGAGGAUGAUGACGGUGGUAGUGGUGGUGGUGCUGGAGAGGGUGAUGAUGAGGACGAAAGGCAGAACCUGUUUGCCCCUGGAAAUGACAGCGACCGCGAAUUCUUGAUUUUGGCAAAGCACGCCCUCGUGCUCUUCGAAAAAGGUCUCUUCCAACUAGGCGUCUCUAGUGACUGGCCUGGUCGGGAAUUCUUGGCAGCGGCAGCCCUAAAAACAAUGUGCAUUGAAGCAAUUUGGGGGUGCCACGCCUAA